CAGCCAGUCAGCCACCCAUGUUGCGCACGGCGAUCGCCGCGGCGGCGCGGCGGCGCAUCUCCCUUGCCCCGGCAAGAUUCGCGCACGAGCUCGCGCAGGCGCAGGCGCAGGCCCAGACGGCCGUCCCUGAUCGUCGAAUCGUUGAGCCGUCGUGGAUCCCGCUCUACAGGAGAAUCUCGAUACUGUACGGCAGGCCGCCGGGAAUGGUGGCGGCGGAGAUGGACAACUAUCUCCGCAAGAUGCGCCCGCUCUCGGCGGACCAGAUCGUCGCCUACGUCCGGAAGCUCCGCAAGUUCAAGAGCAACGCUUGCGCGCUCGAGUUGAUGGACUGGAUGGAAUCUCGUGGAGCAAAGUUGAUACCUGGGCAUCAAGCGCUGCGGCUUGGCCUGGUUUCAAAAGUGCAUGGGAUACAGGCAGCUGAAGAAUAUUUCUGGAGCCUUCCUGAUAAGUCAAAGAAAACUUAUUCAUCUUUGCUUAACUGCUAUGGUGAACACAGAAUGGCAAGCAAAGGUCUGGAACUCUAUGAGAAGAUGAAAGUCAUGGACAUGGUUCCAAAUACACUAUUGUACAACAACUUGAUGACUUUGUACCAAAAGGCGGGCCAGCCAGAGAAAAUCCCCUCCACAUUUGAAGAAAUGCGAGAAAGUGGUAUAAGUGCUAACAAUUUUACAUACUCCAUAUUGAUAGAAAGCUAUGUUACAAUGAAUGACCUGGAGGCUGCAGAGAAAGUCCUGGAAGAAUUGCAGAAGGUGGCUCCAGUUCACUGGUCCUUGUACACUAUGAUGGCAAACAAUUACCUCAAACAAGAGCUGUUUGGAAAGGCAGAAGUGGCUCUAAAGAAAGCUGAGGAAGUCAUGGAUAAAGCUGAGUUGUUGUCCUGGCAUUUCCUCAUAUAUUUGUAUGCCCGUUCUGGCAAUUCAACCGAGCUUAAGAGGAUCUGGGAGUCUUUGAAGUCCACAUUCAAGAAAUGCUCGAACAAAAGUUAUCUUGUAAUGCUUGAAGCUCUGAAUAUGAUUGAUGACUUUGAGUCUUUGCAGCAAAUCUUUCUGGAGUGGGAAUCGAGUCAUGGACAUUAUGACAUUAGGAUAACAAAUGUUAUGAUCAAAGCUUACCUUGAUAAGGUUAUGAUAGACGAAGCUGAGGCUAUCCUUCAGAGCACCAUGUCUCAGGGUCAUUGCAAUGUAAGGACGGUUUACAUAUUUGCCGAGUUCUAUUUGGACAGAUCUGACAUUACCGCGGCACUGGAGAUCUUGAGAGAUGCAAAGAAGAUGCUUACGGCACACAAAUGGGUGCCAUCGGAAAAGCUUACGAGCAGAUUUCUGAAGCACUAUGAAGAGUCAAAGGAUGUUGACGGUGUGGAGUCUUUCUGCGAGUGCCUUAGGAAGCUCGAUUGCCUUGAUGCAGAAGCUUAUGAGGGCAUGAUGCGGACCUAUAUAGCUGCAGGUAGAACCAACCCAUCCAUUGCUCAGCGCAUCGAAGAUGAUGGGAUUCACGUUGGCCCUGAGACGACGAAAUUGCUGGAGCGUGUCUCCGGCAAUUGAAACUGAGAAGGAAAGAAACUUUGUAAGAACUCGAGGCCACUGUAGAAUUUUUCUUCACUAUAGAGCAGAAUUAUGACUUGUCGAAGAUGUCGUUAUCUCGUGAAAAGCUUGCUGUCACCGGAUUUCUGUACAUGAAUUGCAAGUUCUUUUGGCAUUUUACAUUUGACCUCCUGACUACUGUGUACCAUCUAUCUAAGCUGCUAAUACGAUGGAGGAGUUAUUUUCAAUUAUUUUCAUGUUGCUCAGGUAGUCAACCAGACAACCAGUCGAUUGCAGUACCCAGGUAUUCUUUGAGGGUGCAGUACCCAGGUAUUCUCUAAUGUUUAAUGUUGCCGACCAUUCGUGAGGAGGCGCAAGGAAGCGGUGAGUGAUUUCUGAUAUAUUAUUUGUUUGCACCAGGUAGUGUUUUUAGGGAAACUGGCUCACAUAAUUAAUCAACCAUUUGGGGUACAAUGCAAUGUCAGGCGAAUGUAAGAGCUAGAUUUUGGCCAGUUUUUCUGUAUUUGAAAGCUUACCAACAAGACUCAAAGGCUUAGAUAAUAUAAUCACGAGGUGGUCGUUUGUCGAUCAGGAAUAAGUAUCAGCACCUCAUGGGCAGAGCCAGUGGCUUGGUGUUGCCCGGUGGCCAUGGCCGUGUUGGCGGCGUAGUAGCUGGGGUGUGGCGUUCGGUGGCGGUGAGUGUUGGCCGGGAUGAAAACAUGUUCUAUCUUCGGACGGACCGGCGGCGGCGAAGCUCGUUCCCUUCGCUGCUCUCAUUGCCCAUCGUGUUGCUACAGGGGAAACUCUGAUUCUCGGAUCGGGCGGUGGCGGCGCUUCGGUGUCGUAGCCUUCCUAAAGGCGCCGUCUUGGAGCCCACAGUUCAUCGUAUGCGGCUUCAUCUCUUCUCGAUGGUUUGUCCAUGGCUUUGACUAGACGGUAACGACAGGGAAGGGCAUUUUUAUAAGGACACUUAACGGCAGAGGGGCAAAUUCGAGUAUGCUUCGAAAUUAGGGGCAAAUCUGAGUAAUGGUUUCGAGUUACUCAAAGGCCUAGAUAAUAUAAUCACGCGGUGGUUGUUUGUCUAUCAGGAUUAAGUAUCAGCACCAAACUUGUAUAAGCUGCAAUUAGAAUUGUAUUUUUUAUCCCUAGUGACAGCGGUGAAUUGAUAAAGAGACAAAGAGAUGUGCUCCCUGUUAUGAGUCUACAACUGUAAUAAUUUCCAUGCAACUCUGCAAAUUCAGAAAUAAGGUUUGU